UAAGCCCAUCAAUGCUUCUCAUGAAAUCUCGAACUGUUUGAUGCACAGUACAAAGGUUUUCUCUAGUAGAUGUUUUCGGGUUUCACUACCUGCGUUUGAUGACCAGAGAAACGUGCGCGCGAACAUUUAUAUAUAUAUAUAUAUAUAUAUAUAUAUAUAUAUAUAUAUAAACCAAAGUUAAAGUUUUACCUCCUGAACUUUUGAUUUCUGUUUUUCGGUCUUUGAGACCGUUUGCACAAAUGUUAUCUAACAGAAGCGUGAGAGUUUUAAAAUUGGGAAGAUGCCAAGUUUACACGGCUGUGUACCCCAAGGCUCAUGCCUGGGUGCUGAACGUUUCUCCGCUGCCUUCCUUUUGCUCUCCCCACAGGACUCUUUCUUCAUUCCCUGCGGCCCAAAGUGAACUUCUAGAUCAUAAGAUGACCGAAAACGGAGCGUUACCGCGUCGGGGGAAAGUGCUCACCGUCGACACCAUGAACGCCAACGUGAAGAAGGUUGAAUACGCGGUCCGCGGACCCAUCGUCCAGCGCGCGGUGCAGAUCGAGAAAGAGCUGAAAGAGGGGGUCAAGAAGCCUUUCAAAGAGGUCAUUAAAGCAAAUAUCGGAGAUGCUCACGCUAUGGGCCAACGACCAAUUACCUUCUUUCGACAGGUGAUGGCAUUGUGUACUUAUCCACAACUACUUGAGGAUAACAAGUUUCCAGAGGAUGCCAAAAACCGAGCAAGACGUAUUUUGCAGGCAUGUGGAGGGAACAGCAUAGGUGCCUACACAACAAGUCAGGGCAUUGACUGUGUAAGACACGACAUUGCAAACUACAUCAAACGCCGGGACGGCGGUGUUGCCUCUGACCCUGACAAUAUCUACCUCACGACAGGGGCCAGUGACGGCAUUGUGACCGUGCUGAAGUUGUUGACUGCUGGGGAGGGUCAUACCCGGACAGGGGUGAUGAUAUCCAUACCUCAGUACCCUCUUUACUCAGCCGCAAUAGCAGAGCUGGGUGCUGUUCAGGUCAAUUACUACUUGAAUGAGGAGAAGUGUUGGAGUCUAGACAUUAGUGAGCUUCAGCGCUCUCUACAGGCAGCCCGAGAGCAUUGCAAUCCUCGUGUACUGUGCAUUAUCAACCCUGGCAACCCCACAGGUCAGGUACAAAGCAGACAGUGUAUUGAAGAUGUAAUCCAAUUUGCAGCCAAAGAGAACCUCUUCCUAAUGGCUGAUGAGGUGUAUCAGGACAAUGUGUAUGCAGAAGGCUGUGAGUUUCAUUCUUUUAAGAAAGUGUUGUUUGAGAUGGGCCCAGAGUAUUCUAACACAUUAGAGCUGGCAUCAUUCCACUCCACCUCCAAGUGCUACAUGGGAGAGUGUGGUUUCCGAGGGGGGUACAUGGAGGUCAUUAACAUGGACCCAGAGGUGAAAGCUCAGCUCACCAAGCUGGUGUCAGUACGUUUGUGCCCGCCUGUGCCUGGACAAGCCCUCAUGGACCUGGUGGUCAAUCCCCCUCAGCCUGGAGAGGCCUCCCACAACACUUUCAUCAAGGAGCGAACAGCCGUACUGAGUGCCUUAGCUGAAAAAGCCAAACUGACAGAGGAGAUUCUGAAUACAGUGCCAGGUAUCAGCUGUAAUCCUGUGCAGGGAGCCAUGUACUCAUUCCCACGGAUCACUUUACCUGAACGUGCCAUCAAUGAAGCCAAGGCGAAGGGUCAGGCGCCAGACAUGUUCUACUGCAUGACACUUUUGGAGAAAACAGGCAUCUGUCUUGUUCCUGGCAGUGGUUUUGGUCAAAGAGAUGGCACUUACCACUUUAGGAUGACCAUCCUUCCUUCAACUGACAAACUGAAGAUAAUGCUUAACAAACUGAAGGAAUUUCAUCAGAACUUCUCCCAGCAGUAUUCCUGACCCACUUCAGAGCCCUCCAGCCACAGCUGACCGACUAAAAUAUUCUUCUCACUUUGUGCCGCCUUAAUAUUUUGCCAGAAUUAGAGCCAAAUAUUCACAUGGGCAUUGAUGGACACUAAUCUGCAACCCUGCCACAAGAUAAUUGAUGCCUUUUAGCUAAAGAUAUAUUAACAUUUUCUAGAACUAUCAUUAUGGACUUGAUAGGGCUGAGUUUGAAUUCAAGCAGUAGAAACAACACUAAUUCUUAUUUUACAACAUUUAAACCAUCAAUUAAAUUAGAGCAUAUUUUUAGUAAACAGUCCUGAACAUUUCUGAGAUAUUCUUGAUGUGGUGUGUAUGUGUGUGUUAGUGUGGUGUGUGACAGUACAAUGAAAGUGAUAGAAUGGGCAUUCGACAAGACAUUUAGCACUUUUGCAUUCAGUGCUUUGUGUGUAUUGUUGUAAUUAUAAAUGCAUUCAUUAUUAAAUGUAAGUACAAACAUUCCUGUACAUGUACAUACCAGAUUAACUAUAUGACAGAUACAGUAUAAAACAAUAUACAUUAACAAUUAGGAUUUUGUGUUGUGUGAUGUUUGAAUGCUACUUUGAGGAAAUGUUCCUGUGAAAGCUCCUCACCACUAGAGGACACGCUACCAUAGAAUUACAAGAUCAGGCCUCAUCUUGUUUUUGAAUUGAUGCCUUGUUUUGUAACACCACUCUCUCUCUCUCUUUUUCUCUCCCACACACACUUACAGACACACUACUGUGAAGCCCAACUGCUCUAUUCUUUUAUGGUGUCAUUUUGUUAAUGAGUUAAGGGAUAUAAUGGGAUAAUGUGUAGUUUGAGAACUUUUCAGAGCUUAAAAAAGCUCUGUCUCUCUUUGAUUUUUACAACUGCUAUACAUUUUCAUUCUGCAACAAUGUUUCUAUUUUAUAUUUUUGCACACACAAAAAAGUGUGACGUUUUGUAAUUGCAGUACCACAAUGAUUAUAGAUACAUAUGGAUUUAUAUAGAAAAUAAAAGGGACGUUCGAUAAGGUGUAA